AUGGUUUCAGACAGAGUCUAUAGCCUCACCCACUCCGACAAGACCCUCACUGCCGCAUUCGCGACAUCGCCCGACGCUUCACCAGGAGAACUGGGUAAGACCCUGUACGCAGAGCACCACCAUGGCAUACACAAACCUGGUGCCACGGGUGGUCUACUUUCCACGCUCGCGAGCAUGUUGAAGACGGGCAGAACACCCGAGGAAGCUAGGGAGGCCACCAAAGAAGACGAGCCGUCUCAGGAAGAUUUGGACAGAGCGGCAGAGUGCGGUCAGUUUGGGGCAAGGCCGAGUGACUUGUUUUUGAAGAUUUAUCAUGAUGUCUUGAAAACGCUCGAUGUGGACCCAUGGGUUGGCUCUGUUUCUCCACCGCUUCUUGGGUCUCGCGGUGUAGUGACACUGUCCAUCAUAUCUGUCAUACCUGAUAUCAUUCAGCAUCAUUAUGAUUGUAUUGUCCAGGCAGAAUUUGAAGUAUUCCUUGCGACAAACUUUUGGCAAGCAUCGAAGUCAGCCACUAAGAUAUGUGACGCCUUCCUUGAGCUCUCGCGACGGUCCCAAGCUCGCGGGAAGAAAGCUGUUGUCAAGCUCAUGUAUGAUCGCGCGAAUCUCAAGAUGCUUACAGAGAGUCAUCUGUAUGUCAAGGAGGAUGAGUGGACGGGCGAGGAAGUAAAGUUGCCUAAGGCGAGCGAGAUGCCUGGGAUAGACUUCGAGCUCAUAAACUUCCAUCAGCCGAUGUUGGGGACAUUCCACAGCAAGUUCAUGAUCGUUGAUCGCAAAUUGGCUCUUUUAUGUUCCAAUAACAUUCAAGAUCGACCCCACGUGGAGAUGAUGGCACAUAUAGAGGGUCCAAUCGUGGAUAGUAUGUACGACACUGCGCUCGUCAGCUGGUACAAGGUCAUGCACCCCCCACUGCCGCUUCUUAGCCAACCAUUCCAGGCUCCUGCAGAUGGCUACAAAUUUGAGAUGGAGAGCCCGUACGCAUCGACGCAUUUAUUAGACGGGAGAAGGGGCGAAGAGAUUUUCAAGAGGAUGCAGCGGGAGGGGAAGGUGGCGACGGAUCCGGAUUCUAGCGAACUAUCGGAGAUUGAGCCCACAGACAAGAGCAAGAGCCAACCGUUCAUCUCUGGGAGGUACCAGUCGAUCGCGGAUCACUUGAAUGCAGGCGAUCAGGCCACUCUGGCGACGGCCUCGUAUGAUCCCACUGCCGACGAAGAGUACCAGCCGCACGUCCUGCAUGCGCCACACCCCGAGGUACCAAUGGCACUUCUCAACCGUGCGCCUUACGGUCGACCGGGCAACGACGAGCGCGCGCUGCUUAACCCCCAAGAUUCGGGGUGGCUCGCAGCACUUAAGCACGCCCAACGGAAGGUAUUCAUUCAGACGCCGACGUUCAGUGCGCCGCCUGUCGUAGAUGGUGUGCUGAGCGCCGUGCGACGGGGCAUCGAAUGCAUCUUAUACGUGGAUGUGGGUUUCAAUGACGGCGGUGAGGCAUUGCCAAUGCAAGGGGGUACCAACGAGGAGGUCGCUCGGAAUAUUUAUAAACAGCUAGCAGAGGAAGAGAAGGAUAGGCUGAAGUUCCAUUGGUAUACGGGCAGAGACCAGGCAAAGCCGAUCAAUGCGCAUUUGCAGCAGCGAAACUGCCAUGUAAAGCUUAUGGUCAUCGACGACUCCGUCGGCAUUAUGGGUAAUGGGAAUAUGGAUACACAAUCUUGGUUUCACAGCCAAGAGGUGAACGUGAUGGUCGACAGCCCGCAAGUUUGCCACGAGUGGAUGACGGCAGUGCACAGUGUCCAGAAUACGCAUCUGCACCGCGUCGGACACGAUGGCGUGUGGCGCGAUGCACAGGGCGUGGAAUUAUCAGACUCGACUGGAGUAACGAGCGGUGUAAUGGGCGUCAUCAAGGGUGUCCAGGGCAGCAUUGCGCGAGUAAGGGGAAAGGGUGGCUUCUGA